ACACUUGGGAUUGAAGCUCGGAGUCGCCACCCGGACCCACGCCAGGGCCGGGACAGGGACCGCCAUUCCUGCAGCGGCUUCUGCUCCCGCCCGGAUCAGCCCACAGAGGGCAAUGGCGGCGCCCCCGCUGAGGAGACGGGCUGAGGUUGGUGUGACCUUUGAGGACAUUGCCCUGUACUUCUCCAGGGAGGAAUGGAGCCUCCUUGAUGAGGGUCAGAGACAGCUGUACCUGAAUGUGAUGCUGGAGAACUUUGAACUUAUAUCCUCGCUGGGUUGCUGCUGUGGAGGAGAAAACAUGGAGGAAACGACUGAACAGAAGGUUUCUGUAAGAUUGUCACAGGCAAGGAAUCCCAAGUUAGCCUUGUCUUCCCAGAAGAGCCACCCCUGUGAGAGUUGUGGGCUGGUCUUGGGAAACAUUUUCCACAUGAUGGAGCUGCAGGGAACACAACACAGACAGAUACUGUUGAGGUGUGGGGCAUGUGCAAAACAAUUUUUUUUCCAUGCAAAAUUUCACCAGCAGCAUGUGAAAGAGAAAUCUUUCACUAGAGGUGUGGACAGGAUCUCACUUGCAAACAGCUGCAAUUUCAAUGUAUCCCAGAAUCAUUUCACGUGCGGGAAUUUUGGGCACGGUGUCCUUAUGGGGUCAGGACAUCUCCACCGAAUGGUUACUCAGACCGGGGACAGUCCAACCACAAUUUCGACAUGUGGGAUGCCUUUUAAAAGGACAAAAAAUUAUUACAGUAGAAAAGAUUGUAAGGAAGACAUUAGUUGCACCCACACAUUUAUUCAGGAAAAGGAUGUCCACCUUGGAAGUCGGUGUUUUCUGUCCUCUGCAUGUGGAAAAUAUUUUUCCAAAUGUUGUAGCUUUCAUUAUCAACAGAGAGGUCACACUCAAGAAAAGCCUUAUCAAUGCAGUGAAUGUGGAAAAUCUUUUAUCUCUAUGAAGAUCCUUCAUCGACAUCAGAGAGUUCACACUAGAGAAAAGUCUUAUCAAUGCAGUGAAUGUGGAAAAUCUUUUAUCUCUAAGAAGUUCCUUCAUCGACAUCAGAGAGUUCACACUGGGGAAAAGCCUUAUAAAUGCUAUGAAUGUGGAAAAUCUUUUGCACAGAGCAAUGCCCUUCGUGAUCAUCAGAGAGUUCAUACAGGAGAAAAGCCUUAUAAAUGCAUUGAAUGUGGGAAAUGUUUUGCCCGGAGCAAUACGCUUCGUGUUCAUCAGAGAUUUCAUACAGGUGAAAAGCCGUAUAAAUGCAGUGAAUGUGGAAAAUCUUUCACCAAGAACGCUACCCUUCGUGCUCAUCAGAGAAUUCAUAGAGGAGAAAAGCCUUAUCAAUGCAGUGAAUGUGGAAAAUCUUUUACCGAGUGCAGUACCCUUCGUGCUCAUCAGAGAGUUCACACUGGAGAAAAGCCUUAUAAAUGCUAUGAAUGUGGAAAAUCUUUUGCACAGAGCCGUGACCUUCGUGAUCAUCAGAAUGUUCAUACAGGAGAAAAGCCUUAUAAGUGUAGUGAAUGUGGGAAGUCUUUUAUCCGGAGCAAUGCCCUUCGUUAUCAUCAAAGAGUUCAUACCGGAGAAAAGCCUUAUAAAUGUAGUAAAUGUGGGAAGUCUUUUACCACUAAGGCUUUCCUUCAUCAACAUCAGAGAGUUCAUACAGGAGAAAAGCCUUAUGAAUGCACUGAAUGUGGGAAAUCUUAUAAAGGUAAAAGUGGUCUCCAUUAUCAUCAGAGAGUUCACACUGGAGAAAGCCAUUAUGAGUGCAGUUAAUGUGAGGUUUCUCUCAGCCAUAUUUCUAUAUUCACUGUUUGCAUAAGAGUACAAAUGGGAGAAAUUUCUUAGAUGUGUAGGAAAUGUAGUUUCUUAGUGAGGCCUUAACAAUAAUACAACAAAAUUUGUGAAUCCUCAUUUUUCUGAAUUGUAUCUCAUAUUUAAUCAUCUAUAUUAUGUAAAGUUCCCAUAAGUGUUUUUGCUAUUGUGUUUGUGUGUUUUUAUGUUGGAACACUACGUAAUUAUGUUGCACUUUCUAAUAUCAGGAUGUCCUGCCAGAUCUAUGUCCCUGCAUAUUUCUGUUGCUGAAGGUAUUACAUCUGAACCACCUAUAAGGUCUCUACAAACGGCGUCAAUCACCGUCCUCAUGUGCCCAGGAAGCUAAGUCUGUUGUCUAAUUUGUUGAAGAAAAUGA